AUGCUUCCUGGCGUUCCACCCUCUAAGGAUCCCAAUGUUCCACCCCCAUGCCCCCACCAAUCGUCCGCCCAAUAUUCCCCCCCAGUGAAGAAGCAGCUUCUAAACCUCGAAGCAUAUGGGGAGAGGGAGCAGCGCAUGGCAGCGGUGCUGGGGGGGUUGAUGGUGUGCGUGAGCAGCAGGAGGCUUCCUGGCCUCUCACCCCCUCACAACCCCCUUCUCCCACCCCCAUGCUCCCCCCAAUUUCCCCCUCAAAUUCUCUCCCUCAAUGCACCCCCCUACGGCUCCCCACCAGUGAAAAAGAGGUUACUAAACCUGGAGGCAUAUGGGGAGAGGGAGCAGCGCAUGACAGCAGUGCUGGGGGGGAAGCGGUUACUAAACCUGGAGGCAUAUGGGGAGAGGGAGCAGCGCAUGGCAGCGGUGUUGGGGGGGGUGAUGGUGCGGGUGAGCAGGGACGCAGAGACGGGGGGGUUCCUGGCGUCCCACCCUCUGCUGGUGGACACGUGUUGCCUCCUCAUUGGCUCCUUCGCUGACUGGCUCAACCUCCAGCCCGACUGCCUGCUGGGCGUCAUCAGCUACCUCCUUAAAGCCCUGCAGGUCCCAGAAGCGGUGCGCAGUGCAGCAGGUGCGUUCAGAGCCGUGUGCGCCCGCUGUGCUCCGCACCUAGAGAUCCGGCAGGCCCUAAUGGAGGGGCAGGCACGGGUUAUCGCCUCCCUCCCCCCCGCCACCGCGGCCCCUCUUGCUCUCAGCCUCACCUCGCCACACAUACAGCUGGCGGCACAGCUGGCACAGAUGCAGACAAAUGAGACCAGUGGGUUUGGAUCUACCAGUGAUGGUGGUGGGAGGAGUAGCACUGGUGGUGCAAUUGUCAUCACCGCCCUCUGCCACCUCUUCCGCCACUCCCUGCUCUGCCUCAAGCACCCCUCUCCACCCAUCCUGCCGUCCAUCGCACCGCUUGUCACCGCAUUCGAGGAGCACCAGCACCCGGCAGUAUUGGAGGUGCUGGCGUUGGUGCUGGAGCUCAGUGCUUCUGCAGCGUCUGCUGGGGGUGCUGCUGGGGAUCUGUCUGUCUGCCACUCCGCACUGCAGGCCUGCUCCAUCAGUGCCUUCUCGCUCAUUCAGGUGAGAAGGUCUCAGGUGAGCCUGUCUCGGGUGAGCCUGUCUCAGGUGAGCCUGUCUCAGGUGAGCCUGUCUCAGGUGAGCCUGUCUCAGGUGAGCCUGUCUCAGGUGAGCCUGUCUCAGGUGAGCCUGUCUCAGGUGAGCCUGUCUCAGGAGGAGCCUGCACCUGCACCUGCACUUGCACCUGCUGUUGCAGGCGCCCUUUCAACACCUCUCAACCCACCUUUAUCUCCACCCAACAUUCUUUGUUAUCCUGUUCACCACCCCCUCCUGCUCCUCUCCCUCACAGCGCGGUCACCUCCCCCAUCGACCAGAGGUGCUUUCAGCCCUAUUCGACAUGGCCUAUCGCUAUCUGCUCUUCGCGCCGCACCUGCUGCUGCAGGCGCCCUUCCUGGGGGCGCUGCUGGACGCGGCAGCAGCCACAGUGGCACACGGAGAGAGAGAUUCCGCCAAGUCAGCGCUCACGCUGCUCUGCUUCCUGCUCUCCCCGGGCAAGAAGGCGCUCUCCUCCCCUGCUUGGAUCAGUCUUCUCCCCCCUCUCUCCCCUCCCCUCCCCUCCCCUCCCCUCUCCCUUCUACCUUUGCCCCUCCUCUCCCCUUGCCCCUCCUCUCCCUUCGCCCCUCCUCUCCCUUCGCCCCUCCUCUCCCUUCGCCCCUCCUCUCCCUUCGCCCCUCCUCUCCCUUCGCCCCUCCUCUCCCCUUGCUUCUGCUCUCCCCUUGCUUCUGCUCUCCCCUUGCUUCUGCUCUCCCCUUGCUUCUGCUCUCCCCUUGCUUCUGCUCUCCCCUUGCUUCUGCUCUCCCCUUGCUUCUGCUCUCCCCUUGCUUCUGCUCUCCCCUUGCUUCUGCUCUCCCCUUGCUCAUCCCAUCCACCCUCAGUGCCCAACCCGUGAUUAUAGCGAGUCUUGACCAGUCAGUUGUCUCCCCUCCCCUCUCCCCUCUCCCCUUCCCUCUCCCUUCCCCUCUCCCUCUCCCCAAUCCCCUCCCCUCUCCCCUCUCCCCUCCCUUCUCCCCUCUCCCCUCCCCUCUCCCCCUCGCCUCUCCGCUCUCUCCUCACACCUCCAUUCCCCCCAGUGCUCAACCCGUGAUUAUAACGAGUCUGCAGCACCAGGGCCAAUCAGUCAUCUCCUCCCUCCUCCUAGCAGCCGCCGGAAAAGCCCCCAGAGAUCUACUCAGACCCAUCGCCAUCGCUCUCCACCACCUCAUCCUCCUCCCGGACCUCCACCCGCUCCUCCCCAACUGGCUGGUUACCGCGUUACGUUCACCGGACUUUCAGAGAGGCGUGCCAGAGGCGGUGGGGGAGGGGGAGAUGCAGCUCUUCUGUGAGUUGGUGUUGAGGCAGCCCCCGCUGCCAAGGCAGCGGUUUGAAGCGCUGGUGGCAGAUUUUGCCGCCCUCUGCAGAUGUAGUGCAGCUGAUGGGUGUCAUUGUGUGUGCAGCGAGCUACAGUAUCGUGUGUGUGUGGCUGCAGCGGCAGUGGGGGAGGGGGAGAUGCAGCUGUUCUGUGAGUUGGUGUUGUUGAGACAGCCCCCGCUGCCCCGCCAGCGGUUUGAAGAGCUGGUGGCGGAUUUUGCUGCUAUUUGCCGCUCUGAGGGGGCGGCUGAUGCGCUGCUGGGGUAUCAGAUGUAG